AUGCCUCUUCUCGAGCCCUCGGGGGCCCUGCAGUCCACUGGGCAGAUAACGGAGUGUACGUACACCCCGUUCGCUGCUGCAAGUGACCCCGGGCUUCUCUCUUCUUCUUCUCACUCCCUCAACCCCCAGGGCGCUGCCGACUCGCUGCCCCUGCUGCAGCAGCAGCAGCAGCAGCAGCAGCCGCAGCAGCAGCCGCAGCAGCAGCAGCAGCAGCAGCAGCAGCAGAGCGCCGCAGCUGCAGCGAAAGCCCACCACUCUUCGUUGAGCUCAGGAAGCCAAAGGCCCUCUUAUUCUGCUUCCCGCCCCAGUUCAAUCGGCUAUGGCCCCUGCAGCAGCAGCAGCAGCAGCAGCUGCAGCAGCAGCAGCAGCAGCAGCAGCAGGGAGGAGAAUAACAACGAGGACGAUGGAGAGAACCCUGAGCCUUUGUCUGCGCGUUGGCUGCCUGCUUUGUCUCUGCUGCCUCCUCUCAUUCACCGCUACACAGGCACAUCUACGGAGUCUCUGUUGGUGGGGUUGUUGUGUUGUUUAAUUAAUAUUCUGCUUUAUAUCACCAGCGGGGUGCUGACGCGUGUGCUGCAGCAGCAGGAGCACCAAGUCUUCUCCUACGCCCCUCAGACUACGCAGCAGCCACAGCAGCAGCAGCAGCAGCAGCAGCAUCCUUUGCUGCUGCACCAACAGCAGCAGCAACAGCAGCAGCAGCAGCAACAGCAGCAGGAGCUGCUGCUGCAUCCUUGCCCCCCCGACUCUGCUGGUGGCUGCGGUGUACAUACACCUGAAAUGAGGAUCGAGCAUCUCCGUAUUCCUUAUCUGAUGGUCUGGCUCCCCCAGCACAGACAGAACACCCCGAGCAGCAACACACAGACCUCAUCAUACACCCCAACACACACACAGACACAGCAGCAGCAGCAGCAGCAGCAGAAGCAGCAGCAGCAACAGCAGAGACCAGCGAAUGGCCUCACAGAGAUGCUGCAGAACCAGCUGCAGCAGCAACAGAAGCAGCAGCAGCAGCAGCAGCAGAUGACGAAGCAGGGUUGCAAGCACCUUCUUUAG